AUGAGCACUAAACAUAGUAUCUGGCCCAAAAAACAACCAAUCAAAAAGCUCACAAACCGGACAACUUCAUCAUCACCUAUAAAUGACACCCAUCCAAUUCGAAUAGCAUUUCUAGGAGGGGCCAAAACAGGGAAAACAACACUUGUCACAAACAUUGCUACUAAUAGAAUCCCAGAUACAUAUUAUCCCACCACUAGAGUGACUCCCAUCUUAUUCACCUAUCAACCUUCAGACAUCUCCACCAAAAUCCUCCUCGGACUGAAGAAAUAUAAUUCCGAGCCCAUCUCAUUUCCAACCAUGCUAUCAAUUCCAAAGAAUCCAUAUUAUAGGGCCGACAAGCACAGCGGGAAGGUAUCUCCCAUAGCGGUCGAAAUUAUCGAUACACCAGCAUAUAAUCCCCAUUCUACCGUUCCAUUCUUAGAACAAUCGAUUCAUGUUGAUCUUGGACCCGAAUAUCUCCAUAAUCUAGCCACUCAUUUCCCGAGAAAACCAGUACUGACAUGUCCAUUACUUGUAGCUAGUGGUGCUAGUGAGAUGAAUGGGGAUGUGGAUGGAUAUAUUCUAUUUUAUGAUGCUGUGCCGACAUAUUGUCCUCCGAAAUAUGGCGAGGAUAUCAUAGCGCCAGGUGAUGAUGAUACGGGAUUGGAUAGCCGGCAUUCGUUUAGUUUGUUAAAGCCGAUAUUGGAGGGGUUGGAGGAUGCAUGGAAGUCAUAUUUGGAAUAUAAAGCAGGGUGGAUAAAGGGGAAAGAAAAAGAUGUGUAUGAUUUUAAAGUCGCAUUAAAGAGUAUAUGGAAACAAGAGAAUGAGAAUUUUAAUGAGAAGGAUGUGACAAUAGGGCCACCUCCUAUUUGGAUCGUAUGUACCAAGGUGGACCAUCCUCUUGCUUCGCCUAAAUUGGUGGAGAUGGGUCAGAAAUUGAGUAGGGAAUGGAAUUGUGGAUUUUUGGCAUUGGAUUUGAAUGAAUCCGAUGUUCCUUUAGCUUUGAUAAUUAGGCAUAUUAUAGAAAGAAGGUAUAGAUAG